ACCUCGACUGCGCAGCGCGCCACAAGCCGCAACGACCCGCCGCACCUACCCCCCUCUCCCACAGUCGUCACGUGACCGCGGCGUUGCUCCGCAGCAGGCCGGAACGGACGGAAACGCCAGCGCAGCGGCGGGAGGCGACGACGCUGUCCGCAAUGGCGUUCCCCGUCGAGGAGUUUGUGGACGCCGUGCGGCCGCAUCGGUUCCUCUACGACCGCACGCAACUCGACUUCAAGGACGUCUCCAAGAAGGAAGCCCUCUGGGAGAUCAUCGGACAGCAGUUCGGCCUCAGUGGUCACAAGGCCAUGAACAAGUGGCGCAACAUUCGCGACAAGUACUACAAGGUCCGCAAGCAGGAGGAGGUCGACCGCCUUAAGGGCCUGAAGCGGUUCCGCAGGGGACAAACAUGGACACUCUUUCCCAAGCUCGACCAGAUCCUCGAACAGCGGCGAUGGAACGGAGGCGCUGACACUUCAGGCGAGGGCAGCAGCCAGGCCGGCGUGUCACCGGCAUGUGGCACCUUCGUAUCCAGCAGCUGGGUGCAGGCAAACGUGGACCACGUCAACUUCACGUCAGGCCUGGCCUCGCUCGAGGCCAUGUUACAGGAUGAAAGUGGGGGACCGAUGCCGCAAGUGAAGCAGGAGCCGCCGGAGCCCCUGGAGAUGAUAAUUUCAGAAGAGCAAGACGCCACAUCUUGCCAUGAAGACGUGGUGGACUCGGAACGUGAAGAUGAGAUCGCCAUGGAAGCCAUGGAGCACAGCAUCGCCAUUGCCAAACAGGUUUUCCAAAGGCGAAAAGGGGAGUUCCGAGAAGCAGUCAGGCGUCUUGCUUCGGACAAUGGCGACGUCACUUCAGGCGGUGUCGUCAGCUGCGACGUCACUUCCUCUGGCCCUCGACUGGACGCUGAGACACAGACGGAGCCGUCGGGCACCCGCCCAGCCGACGACGCGAACGCCGUCCGUGAUCGAGGCGCCGGAGCCGUCGGCGUGACCGCAAACGACGGACUAGACCACUUUGGUCUGUUCGUAGCGCAGCGGCUACGCACGCUGGAGGGUUCACCCCACCAAGCCCCGCUGAUGACCGCCAUCUUGAAACUCGUCUGUGAACCAUUCUCAUCGUCCUCCAUCACGUCGUAAGUUGUUUUGUACAGCAAUAAAUUUUUGGUCGUUGUA